GAAAUGAUGAAAAUGGAUCCGGAUAUCAUGGUGUACAGCYUAUGGGCAUUGACCGUUAUCGGGGUAUUUGCCGGACUCAUAAUGGCCGUGGCUGCAGCAGUGUUCGCAGUCAUAAAUUCAGCCAUCACUCCUAUAUCUGCGCUAGCUGGCAUACCCGGUCUUUACUUUUGGAACAUCAGUGCAAUGUUUUUUCAACUGUUAGCAGGCAGCUURUGGGUGGGCCAAUAUUUCCAGAGACUGCAGUACAAUGUAAUGAAUAAAGACGACCGACGAAAUAAAUGGACGUCAGAAGGAAACGCUUCACUGGGACUCUCAUUCUGGUUUAUAAUUCUUGCAUCCAUUUUGCACAUGCUGAAUAUUUUCAUUGUGUUCUGGGCAACCAGUAAUCGCUCAAGAAAGUCACCAUCGCCAAUCAUUGAAGAAAAAACCAAMGGAGCAAUCAUGCUGUAUUAAAAUUUAACACUGUAUAAUUGCCAUCAAUUUCAAUAAUAAUUUAUAAAUGUAUUUAAAUGUAAAUAAAUUGUCUUUUUUAUACUGACAUAUUUUUUUUAAAGUUAAGUUAUUAGAAUUUAGUACUUAGUCAACUCCAGAUAUGUUAUCAGUUUACACUCUGAAAGAAUUGUAAUUACAAACAUAUUCUAGGUGGAUUAAAUAUAGUGGUCAAUGAAAUGUU